AUGGUCGUCGCUGCCCGCGGAGAGUCAGUCUGGGCGGUUCCGCGGCCGGCGGCGGCGUGUAUAACGGAGCUGCGCCUGUUCCAGCAGCACUGCGACCGCGUCUUCCACGACCUGUACGCCAGAAGAAGCUUCGCCAGGCUGCAACGGCAGGCCGAACGCAACAUACACGCCGUCGAUGUCUUGACCGGAGCCAGCUAUGCGCGCCGCGCGCGCACCGUGGUUGUCGACGCCGGGCACCGCGUCCCCGAACGGGCCUACGACUACUCAUCGCAUUUCGUCGGCGUCGUUCGCAGCACCGGCGCAGCGCAGCAUCCGAUCAGCUACAGCAGCGCGUUCCGCACGGUGGUGUUCACCAAGGCGGUCCGCAUCUGUCGGGAGGAGUUCGCGAACAUCGCCACCGUGGACCUCCUGCUGCUGGCGUACGACGUCUACACGGCGUUGUACUUGUCCCUGAUCGACGCGCUGAUACACCUGGGGAGUUGGGACGAGGCCACCGAGGUGUUGAUGCAGCUCGGCGUGGUUUUGUACUUCAUACGCUCAGAUUUGAACAAGAAGCAGCGGUCGCUCGUUGGCGCGACCGCCGACGCCAGGACGGAGUUUAGACGCCGGCUCUUUAACUGCGUCCUGGCCAAGCGAGGCAUCAGUUUGGACGACAUGCCGUGUUGCACGGACAAUAGCGCCAUAGUGCAACACGUCUUCGACUGCUUCAUGCUGGAGCUGCCUCUGGAGACCUGGUCGAGGACGGUGUACUUGUGGCUGCGUGAUGCCUCCCUUUACAGCGUGCUCGAAACGUUGCAGGCGUUGCCGCUGCCUCAACGAUCGGAAUUUUAUCGCAGAGUGCGGCGUGGUCUCUUAUUCGCUACAGACACUGAGGACACGGACAGCCCCGACCUUCCUUAUUUCGAUGCCGAGUCCUGGUCCUCCAAACCCCCUGUUUGGAAGGCGGCGAGGCCACGUGGAAGCGGCGGAUGUUUCGGAGCGCAACGUUGGGGCAGGAAACGCGGUAUACCGUACGACUUCGUCCUGGGUUGCGUCCUGUCCGCUUCAAAUUGCUGCCGUCGUUACGCGCUGGAGGGGCUAGUCAUGGUGGCCAAGAUUUCCAUGGCCCUCGAUCGGGAGCUGUACGCGGCGCUGUGCUUCACCGUGUGCAUGGUGUUGCGCGUGCUCUCGUCGAAGAUACGCUUAUUGGAUGAAAUUUCUUUCGAGAACGGUGUCAGCCAGGGCGCCGGCGGACAUGAAGACGCCGCCACGGAUCCGCCUCUUUCCGUGGACCACCUCUCGUCGCUGCUGCAGUACGUCGGCAUGAACCACUGGGAGAACCAGAAAAGCUUGUGCGUCAUGUCAUCCAUCGACAACGUCUGGGUGAGGCGCAGCGGUAUGCGCUCGCUGUCAGUGAGCCUGACACCGGUGGCCUCAUUUCUUGGCACGUCGAGGUACAACGGGCAUAGUUGGGUCGGAUUGGAUUACGUGGUGAUGUUGGACGUUGACGGCAUGAUACAGUGCGACGCUGCCGGGUUGGAUGGGAUACGCUUCGUCCCGUCCCGCCGCGUGGAUGGCCAAUUUUCCCCUUUGGGUGAGAUGAAGAUUGUACGUAGCGACCACGACAAGACCAAGUCGCCUUCAGGCGCUGGGUGCACAGGCUCAAUUUGCCUGGAGAACUUGAAGGUGCGGAACAAUUCGGUGGACGUGCAAAUGGACUUCACGCCGCUGUGCAACAACAUGUGUCACUCCGGCAGAAGGUACAAACGUGCCCCGCCGUCGAGGGGCACCAAACUCGCCUUUUCCGUCGUUUCAAAGCCCCCCGACCACGUGCCGCAGCCGUUGGUGCUAGGCUUCGACCACAAGCUGGUGCUUGCCUUGUUCGCAUUUUGCGUUUCCGUGGACCGCGAGUACGCCGUGCUCCACUUCCGCCAGGCGCUGGAAUACCUGAAUUACAGGGACACGCUGCGCAAGAAGCGCAAGGCGUUCCUCCGCAAGCUCAUGACCUGGGUGCCCACGCCGAACAGCAAAGAAGCGCGCAACAUGAUGAAAUUCCAAAAGCGCAUUCGCACAGCGUUUCGCCACAGGUCGUGGCUGUCGUACAUGACUGCCACUGGUGGCAACGAGGACCAUGCUCACGACGCCGAUGGGGCCGAGUGGUUACCUCCUUUGCCGCCAACGAAGGGCGGCGACGCCGUAAACGUGAAGGAGUACCUGUCCAUGGAGAGCGCCGAACUGAGGAUGCAUUACAACGGCAACAAUUGUCUGAAGGAGACCAUGAUGGCGAAGAACCGGGUAAUGGAUGUAGUGGAAAAGUACCGUUCCGCAGUCUCCCAGGCGACCAACUACUUGUACAAAAAGUGUAUCAACUACCGGCCCUUUUGCAAAACGGGCGCGCUCAGGGGCAGCCACUAUCGACUGGGCAUCAAGUACCCAUUCGUGGAAACAGAGGAGGCCGAGAUGGGAGCGGCGAAGCCGACGCGUUCGAGCAUGCCGCCAUGUGAGCACACGGCGAUGACCCUGUCCAUGGACGAGUGCACGCAGUGCUCCACCUCACAGUCAUUCCGGCAACUAGAUCGGAUGAUUACGUUGACAGAGUGGAUAUCGCAUUUGGUUUUCACGGGCUGCAUCCGCCCUGGCAAGGUGCACCCUAGAUCCUUGCCCAUUGGGACGCCGGUGGAUCCUCACCGCGCAAUGCCGUCUGCCGCCUCAGGUGGCGCGAAUCGGCUUGCGAAGAAACUGGCUGGGAAAAAAAGAGCGCGGCGUGUGGAUCGCCGCAGUUACCGUAUUAUGGAGUAUGUCGUCGACGCGUACGUCCCCGAUAGGCUAGCAGGGACUGCCAUGGCCAAUUUGUCGGACGGUUUGGCGCUGCUUAACGAGGUGGUUGAAUCGUGUAUGCUGACUUCGCUGGCCACGUUUUUCCACGAGCCUUACUACAAGGGGCUGGUGUUGGAUUUGGCCCUGGUGCAGUUGCUGCAGGGCCGCUGGUCCCUGUGCCUCGCGCUCUUGAAGCAACUGCGGGGGCCUCCAGGCAACUACAGCACCCCGUUCGGUGCUGAGACCAUAACACUGCCUAUUGAGGUUUUCAGAUUGACGAAGGUUGAAAAGGAGUUCCUCUCACGCCUGACCGGCAAGAUAUUCACCGAGCUUAUCAUGGAGCCCCAGCUAAGCAUCGAGAUGCUUUCGCAGGAGUGCGAACCGGUCGAUAUAGGGUUAACUGAUGGCAACGAUCACUGUGCGACACAUAGUGGGAAGGGUCCCGGAGUGGCGGUGAGUUCACACCCUGACAAUUUCGGUAUGGGCUUGUCGGCCAAGUCUCUGCUGCUCCUUGGAGUGUCGUACCUGAGGCUCGGCAUCGUUCAGGUCGACCCCUUGUCUGCCUCGAUAGGGGACACCACUGGCAGCUGGGUGCACAUCGACCACCCAGAGUUGGACAACUUGCGGUCCUUUGAGUGCGACGCCCCCAAUUCGGUGGCCGUCUGCAGGGAGUACUAUCCGCAAGCUCCGGGUGACGCCGCUGUGGCAGAUCCGGACACACCCACAGGCCGGUUGGCGACCGCCUCAGAGCACAUCCUGAAAGCGCUGUCAAUUGACCCGCUGUGCCACAAGGCGUGGCUCUACCUGGCCCACUGCGGAGUGCUUGCGCACGAAUACGAGUUUGCAUACAGGUGUUGCCAGCGUAGCAUCGACUGUUACGAUGCGUGUGUGGCCGCGUGGCUGACGAUGGCGGUUGCGCUUAGCUCACGCAGUCGUAGCUGCCCCCCCGUCAAGCUUUCGGACGGUGUCUGGACGGAGUAUUUGGUCGAGCAGAAACGCUUGACCCAGCGCAUGCACCACGACAAGCCAACCAAGAUAAGCAUACCGUCAUUCGUGGUUCCGUAUGACCCGGUGUUCCCGAGCCGUGCGGAGACCACGGACGAUCUGGCACGGCACAUGAACCAGGCGGUGGGUGGCGACACCGCGGAGUGUUUGGACGUGCUGAUCACAGCGACACGUUUCGGGAGCGUGUUUGCGUACGCCGGGGUACUUCAGCUGUUGUCGAGGACGGUGGAAACGCCAAUCCACAGCUUCCCGUGGGAAAGUUCCAAUGUUGCGGCGAGCUCGUCGCGCGUUGUUUUGACACAGCUCUAUUUGGUUUUGCACGCCAGCAUAGAAUGCGCCUCUCAGUCGACACUCGCCAAGAUCCCCGACGAAUGGCUGCAUCCCGACCCGCGUAAGAUGCACUCGCAUAUGCGGGCGCUGGUGUCGCGAGCGGUUUCCGCCAAGCUGCACGUCUCCUCCCUUCCUUUUAUCCGCGCAAUGUGCCUGAUGUACUCCUUGGAUGUCGUGGACGUUUCGCGUGCUGCGGUGCUUUCGCGGGGCGAAAUGUCGUUUGAGGUCGGCUUGACCGACGCGGCGUGUUUCGAGGAUGAAGUGUACGGCUGGAUAACCUGUUUGGAGGUGUUGAUGCAGAGCGGCCACGCUGCCACGGCGGAGUUGCUGUUCCCGCUGCUGGAAUUGUACCUGGAUGUCAGCUCGCCUCGUUGUCUGGAGGCGGAGUAUGCCGCGCCAUCUUGCGACAAGUUGCCUGUCGGCCCUCAUGCGGAGGAGUCGCGGUGGGGGGCGGUGAGACGCCAUUUCAACGGUCGCGCGUUCACGUACGCCGACCUGCGCGCCGAAACGGUAUUCCUGCGCCUGUACAUGCGCUGCUACACUGCGGCUGAGGGUGAGCUUGACGAGCUGCUCUCUGACGUCCAGGAUGCCAUCACCCAGUGCGCCAGCCGCAAGCUGCGCCUGUUAGAGGCGCGGGUGCUGGCGGGGCUGCGGCGUUACGAGCAGGCGGCCCGUGUAUUCGCCGCAGAGCUGCGCCGCGGGUUCACCGGGUCGGUGUCUACCGACUACAUGCUGGAGUGCCAAGCUAUGAAGGUGUACGCUAAAGUGCUCACUGCGCUUGGAGAGGUAUCGCAGUCCGCUGCGGCCACGGCUUUCGCGGAGCAGUGUUACCUCACGACUCCUGUGUUGCGUUGCGACCUGUGUCUGGUCGCGCCGCUGUGA